UCUGCUCUUUGUGUGGGGUGGAUUAGCACAGGGUUUGGUACAGGGCGAAACUGGAGCAUCAGUCCACACAGAAGACGAGAGGAAUCAGAAAAUACACACGAAUAUUAAAAAAUAAUAAUAAAAGGAAAGAAGCCACCGGAUCGUCGUCGCAGACCGCGACACCGUCCGCCCGCCCGUUAGUCCGCCGGACGGACAUGCAUUUAUAUCAGACCGGGCUGUUUUUUGAGUGACACUUCAUUACCAUGACGACGCACGUGACGCUGGAAGAUGCUCUGUCCAAUGUGGACCUGCUGGAAGAGCUGCCCCUGCCAGACCAGCAGCCAUGCAUCGAGCCCCCUCCCUCCUCCAUCAUGUACCAGGCCAACUUUGACACCAACUUUGAAGACAGGAAUGCGUUUGUGACGGGCAUCGCUCGCUACAUAGAGCAAGCCACAGUCCACUCCAGCAUGAACGAGAUGCUGGAAGAAGGACAUGAGUAUGCUGUGAUGCUUUACACCUGGAGGAGCUGCUCCAGAGCCAUUCCUCAGGUGAAAUGCAACGAGCAGCCCAACAGAGUGGAGAUCUAUGAGAAAACAGUGGAGGUUCUGGAGCCUGAAGUGACCAAGCUUAUGAAGUUCAUGUACUUCCAGAGGAAAGCUAUAGAACGCUUCUGCAGUGAAGUAAAGCGACUCUGCCACGCUGAGAGAAGGAAAGACUUCGUGUCAGAGGCGUAUCUGCUCACCCUGGGAAAAUUCAUCAACAUGUUCGCAGUGCUGGAUGAGCUCAAGAAUAUGAAGUGUAGUGUGAAGAACGAUCACUCUGCUUACAAACGAGCUGCUCAGUUCUUGAGGAAGAUGGCCGACCCUCAGUCCAUCCAGGAGUCCCAAAAUCUUUCCAUGUUUUUAGCAAACCAUAACAGGAUCACUCAGUGCCUGCACCAGCAGCUGGAGGUGAUUCCAGGAUAUGAAGAACUUUUGGCUGAUAUUGUCAACAUCUGCGUUGACUAUUAUGAGAACAAAAUGUAUUUGACGCCGAGUGAGAAACACAUGCUGCUAAAGGUUAUGGGCUUUGGUCUGUACUUGAUGGAUGGAAAUGUAAGUAAUAUCUACAAAUUAGACGCCAAGAAGAGGAUCAACUUGAGCAAGAUUGACAAAUUCUUCAAACUUCAAGUCGUACCACUUUUUGGAGACAUGCAGAUCGAGUUGUCACGCUACAUCGAGACAAGUGCUCACUACGAGGAAAACAAGUCCAAGUGGACGUGCACUCAGAGCAGCAUCUCACCGCAGUACAACCUGUGUGAGCAGAUGGUGCAGAUCAGGGACGACCACAUUCGCUUCAUCUCGGAGCUUGCGCGCUACAGCAACAGCGAAGUGGUGACGGGUUCCGGGCUGGACAGCCAGAAGUCUGAUGAGGAGUACAGGGAGCUGUUUGACCUGGCUCUGAGGGGUCUGCAGCUGUUGUCAAAGUGGAGCACCCACGUCAUGGAAGUGUACUCAUGGAAGUUGGUACAUCCCACAGAUAAAUUCUGUAAUAAGGACUGUCCAGGCACAGCAGAAGAGUAUGAACGCGCCACAAGGUACAACUACACCAGUGAGGAGAAGUUUGCCCUGGUGGAGGUCAUUGCUAUGAUUAAAGGGCUGCAGGUGCUCAUGGGUCGUAUGGAGUCGGUGUUCAAUCAGGCUAUCAGGAAUACAAUCUAUGCAGCCCUGCAAGACUUUGCUCAAAUGACCCUCAGAGAGCCGCUACGCCAAGCGGUGCGCAAGAAGAAGAAUGUCCUCAUUAGUGUUCUCCAGGCAAUUCGAAAGACUGUCUGUGACUGGGAAGGAGCAAGAGAGCCUCCGAAUGACCCCUGUCUGAGAGGCGAAAAGGAUCCAAAGGGCGGUUUUGACAUCAAGGUGCCCCGUAGAGCUGUGGGACCCUCCAGCACCCAGUUGUACAUGGUCCGCACCAUGCUGGAGUCCCUGAUAGCAGACAAAAGUGGAUCGAAGAAGACUCUCCGCAGCAGUUUGGAUGGACCCAUAGUGCAGGCCAUCGAAGAUUUCCAUAAGCAGUCCUUCUUCUUCACACAUUUACUGAACUUUAGUGAGGCCCUGCAGCAGUGCUGCGACCUGUCCCAGCUCUGGUUCAGGGAGUUCUUCCUGGAGCUGACCAUGGGCCGCAGAAUCCAGUUCCCCAUUGAAAUGUCCAUGCCAUGGAUCCUUACUGACCACAUCCUGGAGACAAAGGAGCCUUCCAUGAUGGAGUAUGUGCUGUACCCCCUUGAUUUGUACAACGACAGUGCCUACUAUGCUCUUACAAAGUUUAAAAAGCAGUUCCUCUAUGAUGAAAUUGAGGCUGAGGUAAACCUGUGCUUUGACCAGUUUGUCUACAAGUUGGCAGAUCAGAUCUUUGCCUAUUAUAAAGCAAUGGCUGGCAGUGUUCUGCUAGACAAGCGUUUCAGGGCAGAGUGUAAAAACUACGGGGUCAUCAUCCCGUACCCUCCAUCAAACCGCUACGAGACGCUGCUCAAACAGAGACACGUACAGCUGCUGGGUCGCUCGAUUGACCUGAACCGCCUGAUCACCCAGAGAAUCUCGGCAGCGAUGUACAAAUCCUUGGAUCAUGCUAUUAGCCGUUUUGAGAGUGAAGACCUCACCUCCAUAGUGGAGUUGGAGUGGCUCCUGGAGAUCAACAGGCUAACCCACAGACUUCUGUGCAAACACUUGACGCUGGACAGCUUUGAUGCCAUGUUUCGUGAGGCCAACCACAAUGUCUCUGCUCCCUACGGACGAAUCACGCUCCACGUUUUCUGGGAACUCAACUUCGAUUUUCUCCCAAAUUACUGCUACAACGGAUCAACGAACCGCUUUGUGCGAACAGCUAUUCCUUUCACCCAGGAGCCUCAAAGAGACAAGCCAGCCAAUGUGCAGCCUUAUUACUUGUAUGGAUCCAAGCCUCUGAACAUCGCCUACUCCCACAUAUACAGCUCCUAUAGAAACUUCGUCGGCCCGCCUCACUUCAAGACCAUCUGCCGCCUGCUUGGUUACCAAGGCAUCGCUGUCGUGAUGGAGGAGCUGCUGAAAAUUGUCAAGAGCCUGUUGCAGGGCACCAUACUGCAAUAUGUGAAAACUCUGAUAGAAGUCAUGCCCAAGAUCUGCCGUCUACCGCGCCAUGAGUAUGGUUCCCCCGGAAUCCUGGAGUUCUUUCAUCAUCAGCUCAAGGAUAUCAUUGAAUACGCUGAGCUGAAGACAGAUGUCUUUCAGAGCUUAAGGGAGGUGGGAAACGCUAUCCUCUUCUGCCUGCUCAUCGAACAAGCUCUGUCCCAGGAGGAAGUGUGCGACCUGCUUCACGCUGCCCCCUUCCAGAACAUUCUGCCUAGAGUCUACAUCAAAGAGGGAGAGCGUUUGGAGGUGAGGAUGAAGAGACUGGAAGCAAAGUACGCCCCACUUCACCUUGUGCCUCUAAUCGAGAGGCUGGGAACCCCGCAGCAAAUAGCCAUCGCACGAGAGGGUGACCUGUUGACCAAAGAGCGCCUGUGCUGCGGCCUCUCCAUGUUUGAGGUCAUUUUGACUCGCAUCCGCAGCUUCCUGCAGGACGGCGUGUGGCGCGGGCCCCCGCCCACUAACGGAGUGAUGCAUGUUGAUGAGUGCAUGGAGUUCCACCGCCUGUGGAGUGCCAUGCAGUUUGUCUACUGCAUCCCUGUAGGCACACACGAGUUUACAGCAGAACAGUGCUUUGGUGAUGGGCUCAACUGGGCAGGCUGUGCCAUUAUUGUUCUGCUGGGACAACAGCGACGCUUCGAUCUAUUUGAUUUUUGCUACCAUCUGCUGAAAGUCCAAAGGCAGGAUGGCAAGGACGAGAUCAUCAAGAAUGUGCCCCUGAAGAAGAUGGCAGACCGGAUUAGAAAGUACCAGAUCCUCAACAAUGAGAUAUUUGCCAUCCUGAACAAGUACAUGAAGGCAGUAGAAACAGACAGUUCCACUGUGGAGCAUGUUCGCUGUUUCCAGCCUCCUAUACACCAAUCCCUGGCCACCACCUGCUGAGAAAAAGCUUUGUUUGAUGGCACAGACACACAUUCCCCCUAAGCUGUGAUGCUGAUUUCUGCUCCUUACUCAUCUUUGAGAGGUAUUAGUCACAAUAAUGGGUCACAAAGCUUUGAAAAAUCGGAAACAAGUUCUCUCAAAUGUUUCCUUUUAUUUAAGUUGUCUUUAAAUUUUUCAAAGACGCUGACCAGAUGGGAGGUAGAAGAGUAUAUUCACCUUUUUUUAUUUAACAUUUUUUUUCUUUUAAACGUACCUCUCUUUGUGUUAUUCUCGCUGAAACUCAUGCAUGCCUUGUCUUAUUCCCUCAGCUGCUCACUUGUGCAUUGGAAAGCGCUUUGAUUAAAAAAACAUCCUGAAAUAUUAAACUGGAGCUAAUAAAGCCCCCAAAAUUAAAAAUGAGAAGAAAGGGAAUUGAUUUUAACAACAAUAUUUACUAGUCUAACAAACGACUCAUGGUUCAAGUCAUAAAAUAUGUUGGUGCUCUCAAAGUGCUCUUUUUGCUAUUGACAUUUCUUGCCUCUGCACCUCCACGCUUCUCUGCUCUGCAUGUCAUUUUUGGAUCCAACUUUGUUUGGAUCGCUUCACAAUACGAUACAAUAAUCGGGUCAGGCCAUACCCAGGGUACACAGUGUCUUAUGAAGAAGUAUUUGACCCCUGUCACCUUCCUCCAUACCUGGCUUGCUUUUUGAAUCAUAGAAACUGGUUGCAUUUCUUUGUGCCACCACCUCGUUUUUUUUUUUUUUUCCUUCUUUCUUUGAUUGCUUUUGCAAGUUCCACACUGUAAACUUCCACUGUUGAACAAAGUGAAGUAUUGAGUGUUGUAAAUGUUCCUGUUUCUAAUUAUUAAUAAUUUAGUUUACACAUCUUUGGUAUACCUGCCUCUACUACUACUACUACUACAAAAAAACAACCUCAAGUGUUUUUCCUUUUCUUUGUCAGCUCAAGAGAUUUUUUAUAUUCUGUACAUGAAAUUAUUUACAAAUUUCUUAUUCAUCUAAGUAUGUGUUUGAUUUUUUGAUGACAAAAAUACAGAAGAAGUGAGAUCUGAAGAAGUACCUCUAGUUCUGACAAGAAUAACUUGCUUUGAUUGAGUGAAUGAUUAGACCUGUCAAGAACUACUUCCAGGCAUAACAAAUUAAAAUGAUGUGUUGAUAGUGAAAUAAAGGGCAGUUUCAUAAAUACAUGUAUCUACUAUCCUUGGACUUUCGGUUAAGGUUUUGCAGUGUUAUAAAAACAUGUUCCCCUUUUUUUCAUUUUGAAGAAAAUAAGAGGAGAGCCUCAAACAGCCCUGUAAUCUCUGUUUAAAAUGGAGAAUGUUUCUUUUGUAAACCCAGUGUCUUUCUUUCAUAUUUAUUCCAGUCCAAACUAUUGUUCAUUUAAAGAUUUAAUCAAGUAAAAAUGAAGGUGCCGAUGUAUCAUCUCCAAACCUAAGCAUGGCAGAAGUAAUUUAUUGUCUUAAGUGGCUCUAUUUGUGACAUGAGGCUUUGUUUAUGAUAUUGUUGUACAAGUGAUGGUGUUUAAAAGUAUGGGGAAAAAUCAUUAAAAUGUGUACAACAAUA